AUGGCAUCGCAAUUAGAGGAACGGACACUUGCCGGCUUAGCCGCUUUCUGCUCCCUUUGGGCGAUUGUUGCUUGUUUAAUUACCUAUCCUGCAUUAGUAAGCGAAAUGAACGACAUUCAUGCUAUGGUUAACGACGCCAUACAAGCAUUUCGUGUCGACACUGAUUCAGCAUGGAGUAGUGUGAUGGAGAUAAGGACCGUUGUUUCUCCGGCAAGAUCCGCAUCCGAAACACUCAAGACUAUAUUUAGAACGAAAAGGCGUAGCGAA